ACGACGCAAAGAUGAAAUUUCACUUUAAGUAUUCGAAAUGGUUUAAAAAUACCUUUGUUGUCUUGACUCUUUUGCUACUCACAACUGGAUGGUAUCUUUGGAACAGAUCAAAUAAAAAUGAUGACGGAACAUCAUCGCCUCUGAAAGACCUCUCUACGAAUAAAUCCUCCUUGGGAUCUCGAGACUCUCCAUGUCUUCCUGGUAGAAUUCCUGACAGCUUAACCAAACUGUAUGAGCUCUACAAUGAUGUUCAGACAUUUGUCAUGUUCAUUGGUUACCCUCGAAGUUCUCACAGUCUUGUAGGAGCUAUUUUGGAUGCUCAUCCUGAAAUAAUAAUUCCUCACGAGUAUCAUAUCAUAGAGCAUUGGAAUUCUUUCCAAGAAGAAGCAAUCAAGAAAUCCGGUUUGCUGAAAUAUCUCCUUUUCUUUAAUCUGCACUCGUUAUCCACGUGGCAAGCCACCUUUGGUAACCGAGCAGAAAAACCUGUCUUCAUUGACGAUGGUAUAUAUUCUUACAAUGUCCCUGGCUCUUGGCAAGGGACAUUCAGUGACAAACUUAGGGUUAUUGGAGACAAGAAAGGAGGUGGAACGACAAUGGAACUUACUGAAAAACCUGAAAAGUUUGCUGCUCUUAAAGAACUCAAUGAAUCGCUUGGCAUUUCUUUAAGGUUUCUUCACGUCGUUAGAAAUCCUUAUGACGUCAUCUCCACCUGGGUACUAAGGCUUUUCAAUUUAAGGCGCAAAGCGAGCGAUGGAUUAUCUAAGAUAAAUAAACCAGCAACGCUUGAUGGUUUUAUAAAGUCUUUCUUCGAACUGGUUGAGACAAAUGAAAAAAUUCGACAAACGUAUGGCGAUGACACAGUAUUGGAUAUUUUAAGUCACGAACUGAUAUCAAAACCUAAAGAAACAAUGAUGGCAGUAUGUAAAUUUCUUGACGUCACUUGCAAGAGCGAUUAUCUUCAACAAGCUGAAAGUAUCCUAUAUGGGAAACCGUCUAUUACAAGAACAUCGGUCGCGUGGACUGAAGAACAGAAGCAGAGAGUUCAAGACGAGAUGAGAAAAUAUCCACUCUUUCAAUCGUUCAGGUUUGAAGGGGAAUACUGAUAAAACAAUGAACUUUGCAAAAAACUUACCUGGGUCCCCCCGAGUUGUCGGAAUACGCUAGUAUGAUGAUUGUUAACGUCACAGCUGACUCCUCGAUGCGUGUUGAAGUCCUUAAUUGCUAACUUUCACAGCUGUCGAAAUUUGCUGGAAUCUUUAAAAAAAUACUAUUCGUCUUCACGUCACGUUUUUUUAAGGUUCCCGAUCCCAGAACGUAAAAAAUACAGUUCAUAUUAUAGAGAAGCGACAUUUUCAAUGCUGUGACUGAGAUAUUUUAUCUAGUGAUAGAAUGGCAUUAAGCAGAUGUGUACAUUUUA